GUGAUAUAACAAAUCAAUCGUCUAUAAAUACAGAAGUUGGUCACUGUUUGUCACAGUUCUCCACCUUGAACACAAGCUUCACUCGUGAGUCCAAACAGGUUGAAACAGAGAGAAUGCAGGCUCUUCAGGUUGUGUCUGUGACACUGCUGGCAGUGUUGGCGGUCAGCGCUCAGUCCAUCGGCUCUGGAAAAUGUCCACAGCCUCCUGUUCAGCAAGACUUUGAUCCCACAAGGUACAUGGGUAGAUGGCAUGAGAUCAUGAAGUUCCCUUCACCGUUCCAGUUGGGCGAGUGCUGUCAGGCCACUUACACCCUGAGUGACGGCAUCGUCCUGGUCCGAAAUGAUGAGAUUCUCUCUAAUGGCACCAUCAACUUCAUUGAGGGAACUGCCAAGAUUGUAGAUGCCUCAGAGCCUGCCAAACUUGAAGUCAGCUUCUUUGAAGAUGCUCCUCCUUCACCAUACUGGGUUCUGGCCACUGAUUAUGAUGACUACACCCUGGUUUACUCCUGCACUGAUUUCAACAAUCUCUUCCAUGCUGAGUAUUCCUGGAUCAUGAGUCGGAGUCGCACACUUGAUAAGGAGACUGUCUCUGAGCUGCUGGACAUCCUCAAAUCUCAUGGCAUCGGUACUGAGGCUUUCACUGAGACCGACCAGAGACCAGCGCUGUGUAGCGGAAUGCCCUAAAGCAGCUGCCUUUGACAGUCUACUUCUGUAAAUGUGCUGUUUCUGUAUAUGCUGUACUCACACAGCACGAGAAUAUGGAGAAAAUGUGAACGGUAUCUACCUAAUCCUAUGUGAAGUACUAAAGCUGUUCCUUAAUCAGCAUUAAUCAAACUUUGAAUAAAGAACAAAAUAUAAAUAUUA